GCUCCCUAGAUGGUGACUCCUCCAGCACACCCAGGAGAAAAGUGCAACUGUCUGACACCAUGCUGGAUUCACAGGACUCGCUGGAUAAAAAGCUGUUCAAGACUGGAGACAAUAUGUCUGGAAGCAAAGUAUCCCCCAGGGAAACGCUGAAGGAAAAGAAGAAGAAUUACCGUAGUCAGAAAAAAGAGGUGGCCAGAGAAAUCAUGAACUCAGCCUCUGACCAGUCGUUUGUUCUCAUGUCUGACUGGCUGAAGGUCCGAGGGACUCUGAAGGGCUGGACCAAGUUGUGGUGUGUUUGCAAACCAUCCAUGUUGAUUAUAUACAAGAGUGAGAAAAUGAAGACUGGACACUGGGUUGGUACAGUACUGCUGAACACAUGCCAGCUGCUUCAGAGACCAUCCAAGAAGGAGGGGUUCUGCUUCAAGCUGUUCCAUCCUUUAGAUCAGUCAAUCUGGGCUACAAAGGGACCAAAAGGGGAAACUAUGGGAGCAUUCGUCCAGCCACUGCCGGUGUCAUAUGCCAUAUUCCGAGCACCUUCAGAAAAUAUAGGGAAAUGCUGGAUGGAUGGCCUAGAACUUGCUUUGAGAUGUACCAGCUUAAUCAAACGAGCUGCUUCAAAACCCAGUGACAUCACAAGUAGCCUGUCCGCAGCCCUGGCAGCUUCCGACCUUUCUAGAGGAAUGUCUGGUUCAGCUGAUGAUGCUGAGGAAGCGGUUGAGGAAUCUGAGGACAUUCUGGAGCACUUUAGUGAUGAUGAUGACCACUCUAGUAUGGGCAUGAGUGAAUCCGAUUUUGAGCUGGCAGAGGAGGAAGGAAAGCCACAGGAUAUACCCAAAGUGGAGGAGACAGUCUAUGUAUGUAAUGAAGUGGAAGAAUUGGGACAGCAAGGUGAUGCCUGUCAGACAGAGGAGGUGAAUGAAGAGAACAAAAGCUUAAUUUGGACAUUAGUCAAGCAGGUCCGACCAGGCAUGGACUUGUCCAAAGUUGUACUUCCAACAUUUAUUCUUGAGCCAAGGUCAUUCCUGGAUAAGCUGACUGAUUAUUAUUAUCAUGCGGACAUUUUGUCAAGAGCUGUACAACAAGAGACUGCUUUGGAAAGAAUGAAAAUGGUUGUCAAGUGGUACUUAUCUGGCUUCUACAAGAAACCAAAGGGUUUGAAGAAACCGUAUAAUCCAAUUAUUGGCGAGACAUUCCGCUGUUAUUGGGUCCAUCCAGAAACAAACAGCCGUACCUUCUAUGUUGCAGAGCAGAUAUCCCAUCAUCCACCAAUCUCAGCAUUCCAUGUGACAAACAGACAUGAUGGGUUCAUCAUCAAUGGCUGCAUUCUGGCCAAAUCCAAAUUUUAUGGAAACUCAAUCUCUGCCAUUCUAGAAGGUGUGGCUAGUCUGACCUUCCUGGAGAGGGGGGAAGAUUACUUCAUCACCAUGCCUUACGCACACUGUAAAGGAAUUCUGCUGGGAACACUGACAAUGGAAAUGGGAGGGAAAGUCACUUUGGACUGCCCAAAGACAGGCUAUCACUGUGAUCUAGACUUCAAGCUGAAGCCAUUUUUCGGAAAUGGAGAAUCAGCAAAUCGAAUUACUGGACGUAUCUGUAUGGGCAGUGAAGUGUUGUGUACAUUUGAAGGACACUGGGACCAGCAGAUCUACAUCAAAGAACUGACCAACAGGGAGAAAGUUCUGUUCUGGGAUCCGAGUCUUGAGACCAGGUCAAAGAGGUUGCUAAGGUAUACCGUGCCCCUGGAGCUACAGAAUGACAAUGAGUCUGAAAGGUUAUGGGCGAAAGUCAGUGAGGCUGUGAUAGAACAAGACAUGCACAUGGCAACUGCAGAAAAACAUAAACUAGAAGAGAGGCAACGGAUAGAGGCCAAGGAAAGACAUAAACAUAAUCUGGAGUGGAUGCCUAAAUGGUUCACACUUGACCCAGCCACCAACAAGUGGAUCUACAAACAUGUGGACGCCAGGCCCUGGGACCCCAUGACUGACUGCCUGCAGUAUGAGAAAGAUUAUUUGAUCAAAACACAGACAGUCCAUAAGGUACCCCAGGUGUGGCAAGCUGCCUCUAGCAUCGCCCAGGGGAGGAUCAAAGCUUACAACAGUCACAGUCUGAUGGUCACAGACGACAGUUACUCCUCAGAUAAUAAUGCCGCAGAAUCUGAUGAUGCUCGAUGCCGGGAUCCCAGACACAAGUCAUGCCUUCCUGGGACUGCUGAAGAUCUCAGAUACAAGCAACACUGGUCCUAUCAGAAAACUGUGGUAGACACCAGCCAGGACUUCUCUACAGAGAGCCCUAAAACUGUUCACAGAAAGUCAGCUUUGAAUCAAGGGAGUGUUGAGGAUAGGCGGUCAUAUCUACCAGAACAGACUCAGAAGUGUAGGUUACCUGGCAUGGACAGUCCAACUACAUCAGUCAGAAAAGACAAAGACAGUCCUGAAGUGGCAAAUAUUUCUCAUCAAACUCAUUUACAGUCUUCAGACAGUGGAAGAAGAACAUAUCUACCAGGCUCAUCUGAGUCGGAAAGACUAUCUUCAGAACCACUUCAUCACAGGAAUAGAAAAGACGUGUCUCCUUGGGGGCCUGAGUCUGUGAACAAGAUGUUGGAGAUGCAGCGAGAGAUGCACAAAGUUCUUAAUGACCUGGUGGGUCAGGUUGCAGUAGUUCAGAGAUCUCAGACUGAGUUGCGUUCCUCACAUACAGUGGAAGGGGUCGGAGUGGGGUUCAGAAGCUGGGCUUUGAUUGUGAUCUUAGUGGUCUUCCAGACAUUGUUACAGUUGGUCCUGUCCCGAUGA